GCAGCUUAAAAUUAAUCUAUACUACUCCAGAGGCUAAUGAAUGUCUUCAGAAGCGAUAUGAUAGGUGUGGGUGAGAAACAGAUCAAUAUUUAAGUCCUUUUUCACUAUAAAUCUCCACAUUUGACCAGCACUGACCAGUAGAUGGCAAUAUGCACGAAGAAUACGAAACAAAAAAAAAAAAAAAAAAAAAUAAUAAUUUGGAAGUGAAAGUGGAGAUUUUUAGUACAAAAGGACUUAAAUAUUUGUUGCUUCUAAAGACAUGGAUUUAACCACUGGAGUAAUAUGGAUUGCUUUUAUGCCGACUUUAUGUGCUUUCUGGAGCUUCUGAAAGUUCUGGCCACCAUUCACUUGCAUUGUAUGGACCUACAGAGCUGAGAUAUUCUUCUAAAAAUUUUCAUUUGUGUUCUGGUGAAGAAAGAAAGUCAUACACAUCUGGGAUGGCAUGAGGGUGAGUAAAUGAUGAGAGAAUUUUCAUUUUUGGGUGAACUAUGCCUUUAAGAGUCGAGGAAUCCACACUUUAAGAGUCUACUCCCCAUAUCUAAGGAACAGCCACAAUUGUUCAGAAUGAGAAUUUAUAUAAAUAACCUGAAAUUCAUUUGAAGCAUUUGGCACAAAUGGUCAUAGAGACGCUUAACGUCUAUAUGAAUAGGCAAGCAACUCUUCUCACAGCUUAGUCUUUUUCACACACAAAAACAAUGAGACCGAGAUCAAGUCUCUUCCAGCCCUACCUUCGCUAACCACACCCUGCCAGCCGUUGUUACACCUGAAUUCACAGGUAAACUGACAGAGAGGUCUCUUGCGAUAACGGACUUCCUCAUUCAAGAACGACAUGGACGUUACGCGCAGCUGCAAAGUGCUUUGAAGGGAAACUUACGACAAACGCUUGUUAUUUUAUAAAGUACAAAACCACACGAAGAUGAAUGAGAAGGACAUCGAAAAAGGCGGAGGGGGUGCAAGGUCAAAAACAGAUCUGAGCUGGAUUUCAGAUUUCUUUAAAAAGAGAGUGUGCACAACAUUUGUGGAGGACUCUUUCAGCAAUGGACGUCUGUGUCAGUGUGGGGAUGCACGGGACACCCACCACUCAGUGGCACUGGGCGAUUGCUUCAGCACGGCCAUUGUUAGUCACUGGGACAGCGCACAGCACUCCUCCGAGCAGCCAACGGACGCCUUUGGAGAGCUGGUGUUUGCCGGAGCCAGCAAGAGACACAGCUAUUUUUUGCGUCUCUCCAGUAGCACACAUCCUUCCAGGGUCUUUGAAAUCAUGAAAGUACACUGGAAACUAAAACAGCCCAAUCUGGUGGUAUCAGUGGUUGGUGGUGAGGGGAAGACAAAGAUCAGAGGCUGGGUGCGAGACAUGCUAAGGAAGGGACUGGUUAAAGCUGCACAGAGUACAGGAGCAUGGAUCAUAACUGGAGGACUGAAGGAAGGCAUUGGCAGGUGUGUAGGAGAGGCUGUGAGGGAUCACGUCACUGCAACAUCUUUUGUCUCCCUCAAUAAAGUAGUCCUUAUAGGCAUCGCUCCAUGGGGUCUCGUACAGAAUCGCCAACAGCUCAUCAAACCUGAGGGAAGUUUCCCAGCAAAAUAUUAUGUCUCAAACACAUCUCGUGACACUUGUUAUCUGGAUAAUAACUACAAGGCCUUCCUCCUGGUGGAUGAUGGGACCAUGGGCCGUAGAGGUGGUGAGGUCAACUUUAGAGUGCGUCUGGAGGACUACAUUUCACGUCAACGGCCAGGCAGUGCAACCAUUGACAUUCCUGUUCUUUGUAUGCUGAUAUCUGGAGAAGCUGCCAUGCUAGAGGCAUUAGAUGUCUCUCUUAAGACUUCUAUGCCCUGGUUGGUCUUGGCUGGUUCGGGGGGGCUUGCCAAUUUUGUGACCGACAUUGUGGAGAACGUGCAGUCUGCUUCGAUGCCUCCGGCUGGAGGUGCCGAGAAAGAAGAAGGGACUGCUAAAAUUGAGCUCAAAGAGCGACUAGCAGAAAGAGUAAAGAAACAUUUUCCUGCAGUGAAUGAGACAGACAAACUUGUUGAAAAGGUUUUAAGCAUCUACCAGAACAAAGACCUCAUCUUCAUUUAUCACGCAGAGCAAGAGGGGGCGGAUGAUUUCGACACUGUGUUGCUUAAAACUCUUGUUCAAGCGAGUAAACACCGUGUUGCGGUGAGUACUAAUCCUUACGCUGAUGAGUUGAGGCUGGCUGUAACUUGGAACAGAGUGGACAUUGCCAAGAGCGAACUCUUUAAUGGAAACAUCCAAUGGAAGUAUGAGGACCUGGAAGAUACCCUUACUGAUGCACUGGAGAACAAUAAACCCCAGUUUAUUCGUCUCUUCAUUAAUAACGGUCUGAACAUUUUGGACUACCUGACUUACGGCCGACUGGAAAAACUUUACAAAUCCAUCUCUGAAAACUGUCUGGCCCACUCACUGCUUAAGAAUUUACUAGGUGUCCGCUUGAAUGAGUCCAGCACUGAUCAACAAACCGAUGUCAGUCUCUUUGAGGUGUCUCAACUUUUGGAGAUUCUGUUAGGGGAUGUAUGUCUGCCCUUCUACACCUCUGUAUUCGAGCUGGGCACAAACUCCUCCAAAAGAAAAUCUUUUAAGAAAGCAUGUAAGGUCCUUCAGGGGAAUUGCUCAUAUCGUGAGAGGCCCUGUAAGCACCCUUGGUUAUGUCUUUUCAUCUGGGCAGUGCUACAAAACCGCAGUGAGAUGGCUGUCUUCUUCUGGGAAAUGUGUGGUGAGUCUGUUCUGACUGCACUGGGAGGUUGUAAACUGCUGAGGGAGCUGUCUAAACUGGAGAUUGAGACAGAGACCAAGCUUUCCUUGAAAGAUUUGGCCCUGAAGUUUGAGUAUAUGGCCAAUGAUGUGUUCAGUAUGUGCUACCAAACCAAAGCAUGCCGAUCCUUCAAGCUUUUGAUCCGGAAGUCUGAGAUAUGGGGUGAUGCAACUUGUCUUAAAAUGGCCAUGGGGGCUGAUGCUCGUCUUUUCUUCAGCCAUGAUGGAGUGCAGUCCCUGUUGUCUCAGAUCUGGUGGGGUGACAUGGAUAGAGGCACUGAGGUGUGGAAAGUCAUCCUGACUUUGUUAAUUCCUCCAAUCUGCUACACCAACAUCAUCAAUUUCAGGAAAUUAGACAAUGUGGAAGAGGAAAAAUUAACACCGGCGGUACAUCCAACCUCAGAAACAGACUACCACUACACAGAGACUGUCUUCUCCUUUACUGACAUCAAAAACCACAGUGAAGUUGAGCAAGAGGACUCAAAUAAUAUCAGAUGUCCAACAAAAGGCACUACUGUUGCAGCUUUCCAUCAAAACAAGCAACCCUUUUGGGUUUCCCGCUGGAAGCAGUUCUGGUAUGCCCCCAUUACCUCAUUCCUCGGCAAUGUUAUGAUGUACUUCCUCUUCCUGUUUCUGUAUGCCUAUGUGCUAUUGGUUGACUUCAAGCCGCCUCCCCCUGAUGGCCCUGCCGCCUCUGAGUAUGUGCUGUACUUUUGGAUGUUCACUCUCGUAUGCGAGGAGAUUCGAGAGAUAUUCAUUGUGGGCACUAAGACUGUUGGCCAGAGGUUGAUGCUGUAUGCUCAUGAUGUGUGGAAUAAGUUUGAUGUCCUUGCCAUCUCCCUCUUCAUUGCUGGUUUGUUCUGCAGGAUGUUCAGUUGGUCAUUCAACAUGGGACGUGGCAUAUUGUGCAUGGACUUCAUGGUCUUCACACUCCGACUCAUUCAAAUAUUCGCCAUUCACAGACAGCUGGGCCCCAAAAUCAUCAUAUUGGGCAAAAUGAUGAAGGAUGCAUUCUUCUUCUUAUUCUUUCUGGCAGUGUGGCUGUGUGCAUAUGGAGUGGCCAAUCAGGCUCUACUGUACACAUAUGAUCCAAGCCCUGCUAGGGUGUUUCGACGAGUGUUGUACAGACCAUAUCUGCAUAUAUUCGGACAGAUUCCUGUGGAGGAAAUAGACACUGGUAAAUCUUGGGAUAGAGACUGCACAGAUAAUCUGACAUUGGUUAAUGAAGGAGUAGAGCCAUGUAGAGAUAUCAGUCACAACUGGCUUGUGGUCAUUUUGCUGGUUAUCUUUCUACUGGUCACCAACAUCUUACUGGUCAACCUGCUCAUUGCCACAUUCAGCUACACCUUUUCUAAGGUUCAGGAGCGCAGUGACACAUACUGGAAGUUUCAGCGUUAUAAUCUGAUAGUAGAGUACCAUUCUCGCCCAACUCUCGCUCCACCCUUCAUCAUCCUGUCCCACAUCAAUCUCUUCAUCAAAAGAAACUUCCGCAAAGUGCCAUCCACCAAAAUCCAACAUUUUGCCCUGGAUUUGAAGGGUAAAGAAGCUAACAAAUUGGUGAAAUGGGAGAACCUCCAGAAGGAAAACUUCCUGGCUGUCGAGUACAAAAAACAAAGAGGGACAGACACUGAGAGGCUAAAACAGAUGACUGCCAAAAUGGAUGGUGUUCUCAAACAGGUUGCAGAGAUCAGAGAUGUUGAUCGCAGACUGAGAACACUAGAAUCAGAUAUGGAGUUCUGUACAUCUUCUCUUCAGUGGAUAAUGGAAGCUCUGUCUCAAAGCAGUGUAGUGAAGACCAGCAAAGUGCACCCUUCUCGUAAAGCCGUAAUUUCAGCCUCCCUUGAGAAAUAAGAAAUAGCCUUCUUUCCUGUAUUCGUCUGCUGUCCCCUGCUCUCACGGACACAUAAACCAAGAAGGCGCAGAGAGCCAGUGAAGGUGGUGACUUGUCAAAAAAAAAAAAAAAAAAAAAAAAUGUUCUGCUUUCCAUUUUUUAAUCGGUCAUUCUGGCCUUUUAAUGGUUCAUCCUGCUCUUGACAGUUUAGUACACCCAGGUGACCUGUCCUCUUUUCCAUGUGAAUGUGGAAAGGCACAGAAUUAAGAGGACAUUCUGUACACUCAAAGGUCAACAAUGCCAUGUUACAGUCAUAGAUUAAUCAAAUGAGCAUGUUCUUAAAAGCAUAUUGUUGGUUGGUUUACAUCUUUUUAAAGUCAUUUAUUAUUAUGUAUUGUGCUCAUAGUAUCUAGUUUAAUACAGUUAUAAAUACAAAACAUAAUUUAGAAGAAUAAGAAAUCUUUUGUCCUGUGUUUUGAUUCAUGUCUUUCAAAAACUACAAAGUGGCAUGGCUUAUAAGCUACAGUGCGAACAAACAUAUUGUUCUUGUCCUCUUGUACCAUACAUUUACACCAUUAUUCAUCUUGGGUCAACUGUUGUUUGUGAACAUAAGUCCUCUAAACAAUUUUUAUGUAUUAUUUAAUUCUUGUUAUAUUAUGUAAUUCUUGUAAUAAUGUUACAGUACAUGCAAUAAGCUUAAUGUUCAACACAGUUUAUUAUGUUAUGUUUAUGUUUACAGAGAAUAUUAUUUAACAUGAAUUAAAUAUCUAGUGUGUUACUUGCACUCAAAUAUGGAACAAAAACUAAGCAAACUUUGUAUUGCACUUUAAGUAUGGCAAUGCAUGUUUACAUUUAGAUGUAGAACAAAUGUGUUUUAUGUCAUGAUAUUUUUCAAACCUUUUCGUAAAUUCGACUGUAGUUGCAUCCACUGAAAUUGUAAUUGCAUGCUGUUAACUGUUUUUGGAUUUUGGGUCUUUGUUGGGUAUUUAUAUCACAUUACAUUUUGUGUGUGUGUGUGUGUUUUUUUUAAAUCAUUUUGCUUAUUGUUUUUAUAUUGGACUACAUUGUGAUUGUUAAUAGAAUUUCUGACACCAAAACAUGUGAUCAUUAUUUAAAGGACUGUAAUGUUUUAGCAACCUCACCAUAACAGUGCAUGUACUGCAUUGCAAUUUUGCCUCUCGUAUUUCAGGGACAACGACGAUCAUUCAAUCUCUUUCCUCCACCCCAACCCUCUCCCCUCAAAAACUAAUUAGAAAGCUAGAACUAUGCUUAUACUCUCUUGAGUAUAAGCACUGAUAUAUAGUAUAGUAGAGUAGUGAUUCGCAACCAGAGGUGCAGUACAUGUAAUAUGUGGUACUUAAGUAGGUUCCAUAUGGUACUUGGAAAGAGUCACAUUUUGCUUUGUGUAUACUCAAAGUCUUUGUUAAAUUGCAAAUUCUCUGUUAGACCUUUCUCAAGAGCAAAUUUCUCCAUGAUUGCCCAUAGAACUGUCAUAACAUAAGCCAAACAAGCUCAGGUACUUGCUUGAUGAGUCUGCUUUUCACCCACUAUAUCGAUUGCUAAAUGGGUAAUCAUUGCAAUAAUGGCCACUUUAAAGGGUUAGUUCAACUGAAACUGAAAAUGAUGUCAUUUCCUUACCCUCAAGUUGUAUCAAACAUGAGACAUUUGAAUGAAUUCUGAUGCUGCCCCCUUUUAUUCAUUCUAUGAAAGUAAAUAGGGACUGAGGCUGUCUGCCUUACAUCUCUUUUUGUGUUCCUUGGAAGAAAGAAAAUCAUAUAAGUUUGGAACAACAUAAGGGUGAGAAAAUGAUGGCAGAAUUUUCAUUUUUGGGUGAACCAUCCCUUUAAUGAUAUUACUGAUUAUGUUUAAUUGUGUCCAGAAUGAGUCAAUUGGAACACACUCUCUAAAAUUAAGAAAGUUUGAGGAACACUAUGAUAAAUGAUAACCAAUAUAAUAUAAUUAGGGCUGUCAGUCGAUUCAAAUGUUUCAUUGAAUUAAAUGAUAUGCAGAUUAAUUAAUAAAAUUAAUUGCAAUUAAUCAUUUAUCAACAUUUGCUAAAAAAAAGUCCCCAAAUAAAUAAUUCAU